AUGUCCAAAACAUUCUCAGCCGCCGAUGUGGCUUCCCACAACAAAGCCGACAACCUUUACAUCAUCGUCGACGAUGAUGUCUAUGAUGUGACGAAGUUCCAAGAUGAGCAUCCAGGCGGGAAGAAGAUCCUCCAGCGCGUGGCCGGCAAGGACGCUUCGAAGCAAUUCUGGAAAUACCACAACGAAAGCAUCCUGAAGAAAUAUAAGGCCAAAUUGCAAAUUGGUUCAUUGGAUACCAAGAAGGCCGAGGCUCCGCCCACUCCCCCGGCCACACCUCCGGCGGAGGAGAAGCAGCAAAAGGCCCUGCCGCAACCGGAACCGGGCACUGUCGCUGCUGCGCCAGGACCAGCUGUGCAAGAGACUGCGGAAGCCGCCGAGGCGUUGGAACCUUAUGGAUCCCUCAUUCCUUUCGGAGACCCGGCUUGGUAUCAAGGCUACCACUCGCCCUACUUCAACGAAACCCACGCUGCUCUCCGCGCCGAGGUCCGGGAAUGGGUUGAAUCAGAGAUCGAGCCCUAUGUCACGGAAUGGGACGAGGCCAAGAAGGUUCCCGAUACCAUCUACAAGCAAAUGGGCGAACGAGGCUAUCUGGCCGGAUUGCUGGGUGUCAAAUAUCCCAAACACUUGACACCGUACAGGGUCAAGAGCGUGCCACCGGAGAAGUGGGAUCUGUUCCACGAGAUGCUCCUCACCGACGAGCUGUCCAGGACAGGCUCUGGUGGCUUGGUAUGGAAUCUGAUCGGCGGAUUUGGUAUCGGAUGCCCCCCUCUCGUCAAGUAUGGCAAGAAAGCCUUGGUGGAUCGCAUCCUGCCCGGCAUCCUUGCUGGUGACAAGAGAAUAUGUUUGGCCAUCACGGAGCCAGACGCCGGCUCAGACGUGGCCAAUCUGACAUGUGAGGCCAAGCUCUCGGAGGAUGGCAAGCAUUACAUCGUCAACGGCGAGAAGAAAUGGAUCACUAACGGCAUCUGGUGUGAUUACUUCACUACCGCUGUGCGGACGGGCGGACCAGGCAUGAACGGAGUUAGUCUCUUGUUGAUCGAAAGAGGAGAGGGAGUCAGCACCCGCCGCAUGGACUGCCAGGGUGUCUGGAGCAGCGGAACCACCUACAUUACAUUCGAAGAUGUCAAAGUGCCCGUGGAGAACGUGUUGGGAAAGCCCAACAAGGGAUUCCAAGUGAUCAUGACGAACUUCAACCACGAACGCAUUGGCAUCAUCAUCCAAUGUCUCCGCUUCUCGCGCGUCUGCUUUGAGGAGUCGGUCAAGUAUGCGUCGAAGAGGAAGACGUUUGGCCAGAAACUGAUCAACCACCCGGUUAUCCGGAUGAAGUUGGCACACAUGGCCCGUCAAAUCGAGGCCAGCUACAAUUGGAUGGAAAACAUCAUCUACCAGUGCGAGAAGAUGGGCGAAACGGAAGCCAUGUUGAGACUGGGCGGUGCCAUUGCCGGUCUCAAGGCGCAGGCCACGACCACGUUCGAGUUCUGCACGAAGGAGGCCGCUCAGAUCUUUGGCGGUCUGGCGUACUCCCGUGGCGGCCAGGGCGGGAAGGUCGAGAGACUGUACCGGGAUACUUUGGCAUAUAAGAUCCCUGGUGGGAGUGAGGAGAUCAUGCUAGAUCUGAGUAUUCGACAGAGCAUGAAGGUGCACAAGGCGCUGGGGAUGAAGUUGUGA